AUGGCCCUGCCUAUGGUGAGGCGAUGUUGCGGCUGCCUUUCCUUAGAGACCGGAUGUCUCGUUCUGUGUAUUAUAUCAACUAUGUCCUGCCUCGCGUAUAUAGUAGCGGGCGCCUGGAAUCUGCCCAGGCAUAGAGAGAGAGAACGGGAAGACAAUCUCAUUUCCAUGACCAUGGUGAUGUUCUCUACACUAUCUGUCAUCAGCAAUGCGGUGGCUCUUGGAGGAAUGGGACUAAGGCGUCCCGGCUGCCUCCAGAUGUCGGUGCUGUUCAAUUCUGUGUUCAUCUUCUGCAUCUUCUUAGUGGCUGUGGUGACGUGCAUAUUCAGCAACGAGCUAAAACCUUUCCUGGACAACCCGGGCAAUGUCGCUCUGAUCGUGGUGAUGUUCAUCGUUGGAGCCGCGUAUUCGCUCUACUACUUGGCCGUAGUCAACAGCUUGUACAGGAAAAUGAAAAUGUCGUACAGCGAGACUGCGCUGCCUUUGUGA